AUGGUGUAUUGGCCGGACUGGAGCUGCAGUCGACGGACCGCGUCGGUGUCGGUGGGUAGGGUUCCGUCGGCGAGGUAUUUGAUGGGGAUGGACCGUUUGAUCCCCCGGUCGAGGGUCGAGGCUCGUUUGGCAAGGGCGUCGAGUCGGUCCCAGACGCUCCCCAUUUCUCCCUUGAUCAUGGCCCUCAUGGCUUCCCUUAAGUCGGGCUCGUCGUCGGUGAUGACCGGGUGGCCAGUUGCCACCCGGGCUCUCUUUCCUUCUACGGGGUGGCCCUUCUGA